GAGGAUGUGUCAGGGUGGGGAAGAGAGUGUGUGAGGUGGGAAGAGGGAAAGUCAUCUGUAGAAUGGAUAUGCGCCCUCUCGCUUCAAACCUUUCUUCUCCUUCUCCUCCUCCUCAGUCUCAUCUGUUCUUCUUCACCCUCCUCUAUUAGCGUUGCCCUCUGGGCAUCCUCAGCAUCCGCCCUAAGGGAAAAGGAGACUCGGCCGGCGGAUGGGAAGCAGAAAACUUCAAUGUCUGCAGGAGAUCAGACGAAUGAUGGUGACAAACCGGGAGCAGACACAGUGUCAGCGGCUCAGGUUUGGCCUGAGGUGGAGAGGGCCGAGCUUCUGGCCCGAGGCGCUGCCUUGAAGUGGGCGUCAGGUGUUUUCUGUCGGCCUGAAUAUCUUGAGCGACUGGGCCAGUACAGGAAGAGAGAGAGCCAGAGGACGGCCUCCAUACACACCAGACUCAAGUCGAUGGCCCAGUCGUACCUGGAGGGGGUUGGCUGGGGACUGGAGCAGCUGCGGGAGGCCAGGGCUGAGCUGAGGGAGGCGUCACACACGUUGAAGAAAGCAGCAGUGGAAUCCAUCCAGAAUGCAGAGGGGGGGGCGUCUCUGGAGAGGCUCAGAGAGGUGUCAAUCAACCACUGUCAGCUUCUCGCCACUGUCAGCAACCUGCCACGACUUUACUCUGUGCAUGGCAUGGUGCUGGAGACGGAGCGUCUGGUGGAGUCCCGGCGGCUCCUGGAGGCCCAUGCCCGGCUCAUGAAAUUGGAGCGCUGGCAGGAUGACAUCCUCUGGCAGCUCCACGGGGCUACUGGCUCGCUCAGCGCUGAAGACCAGUGCCUGGUGGCAAAGUACUUCUCUGGUGUCGGGCAGCUGGUGGACGCCCUGGCUAAGGAGCUGUGGGCUGUGGUGAGCAGUGCUCUGGCUCUGGCUCGACAGAACCCCACACCGUUCGUAUCGUCAGUGAGGAUCGUGGAACGGGAGGAGGCCUUGGACCGAGCUCUGCUGGAGGAGAGAGGCAGCUCCAGAGGCUGCAGCAGACCCCUGCCGCCCAGACGGCCCCGCUGCUGGAGAGAGCACUUCUUCCAGGUGCUGGAGGAGGCUGUGUGUGCACGUUUCCGCCGCGUGUCCUACCUCCACUCCCGAGGCCCAGGUCUGGCCGGACACCUCUCUGCUCUCCAGCACGGGUUGAUGUCCGACCUGGCCACCGUGCGCCACCUGCUGGAGCACUGCGUUCCGCCACACUACAAGCUGACGCGAGUCUACCUGAGGGUCAGCCAUCGCUGUUUACAUGCUCACCUCACUCAGGUUACCAACUGGGACCUGGAAAGUGGAGAAAUUUUCGCUGUGCUCAACUGGGUACUACACAUUUACAACAGCCCAGACAUGAUGGGUGAUCCAGAGCUGGUGACUGACCUGGAGAAGGAAGAACUGGGGCCUCUCAUCUCCACUGAGGGGGUGGAGCAGCUGCAGAAGAAAUAUGUGCAAAGCGUUCGAAAAAGUGUGUCAGAGUGGAUGCACAAAGCUCUGCAGGUGGAGCUGCAAGACUGGAAGAGAGACCAGGAGCCAGACACUGACCAUGAAGGCUUCUACCAGACCAGUCUGCCCACCAUCAUCACACAGAUGCUCGAGGAAAACGCCCGAGUGGCUCUGAUGAUCGGAGAAUCCCUCAGAGAUCAAACUAUACAGAUGGGCCUGUAUGAGAUGGAGAACCUCCUAAACAGGUUCAGAGAAGCUCUGGUGGACUUUGGGAAAGAGUAUUGCAAAGAUCCAAGUAACAACAAAACCAAGUUUUAUCUCCACUAUCUGUUGGCCUCCAUCAGCAACUGCAUCGUUCUCAAAAAGUCCACAGAGAGCCUGCAGCAACAGCAAUCAUCAAGGUCGGUGGGCCAGUUCUCCCGGACACCUCCCAACCCACUGGCAGCUCUGGAUCGGGCUGUGAGGAGGGCUUGUCGUCUGGUGAUGGACCAGCUCCUGCAGGACCUGCAGCCUUUCCUGCCGGGCUUGCUGACCCGUUCCUGGCUGCUGCAAGGCGCCCCCACGCCGAAACUGUGUCACAUCCUGGAGCAUCACCUGGAGCUGUACGCUCGCGUACGCCCGCCCUGCCGCCAGCGUCUGCAGGAGGAGACCCAGUGGCUGACGGUGGUGGAGUACGUCAGGGCUCUGAUGCAGAAGAGGCUGGUGUGUCGCAGUGAAGAGGAGCGGUGGCAGCUCGCUCAGCAGAUGCUUCAGGAUAAACAGCUGUUUGCAGAAAUCUUCCUGGGUCUGGAGGGCGAAGUGUCAGUACCUGAAGUGAACCCUUUAGGCCUGCUUCCCGUUCUGGCCGACUUCAUUCGACUCAAAGACACUAGCAUGCUCACUCUGGAAGUGUCAAGGCUUGCAGCUAAAUACCCCGACGUCAGUGAGGAGCAUGUGUCUGUGCUGCUGGACGUUCGUGGGGACGUCUCCAGGGACGUCAGGGCGGCCGUGCUGGACCUGCUGGAGCAGAGCACGCCCCCUCUGCCGGCUGGGUACCGGCCCAUCUUCACCGAUAUCCUGGUGCCUCCCUCCACCAUUGCCUUCUGUCUGCCCACUGCCAAGUGUGCAUGACCGCAAGCUCUAUACUGUGUUUAAAAAAAGAAAACAUGGUUGAAGUAUCGUCAGGGAAUCACACUGAAUUCUCUAUGUCACACAGAAUAAAGCAGAAUAUCUUGACUAAGGUUUCCAAUAAAAAAAACUGACUUGAA